AAUUAAAACAAUGGCAAAACGACGAGUAUGGCUGAUAAAAAUGCAUGCAUUACCCUGUUGUUCGAAGAAACUGCAUAAUGAUCAUUUAUUCAAAACGCAGUCCAAGGUGACGAUGCAUAAAGUAACAUCGGAAAUAUACACGGAAAACGAUCGUAUCUCCGAAAAGCUUGACAGUGGCAAUACGGUAACCAAAUUCACUUUUAAAUAUCCGUCAUACAUGAUCGAUAGGACGGAAGAAACGUUAAAUUACGAUAGCGACGACGAUCUAAAUGUGGAGAGAGAUAGAGAAGGAACGAUUCAGAUAGAACAUAGUGUAUCCACGGAGCUCAAUUUGGUCGGUUUGCAAGUCUGGAGAGGCGCUUUCUUACUAUCCGAUUAUAUCCUAUCGCAUCCGGAUUUGUUUAAGAAUCAAACGAUUCUGGAAUUAGGAUCAGGAGUUGGCCUGACCAGCAUUAUAGCGAGUUAUUUGGCUAAGGAAGUCAUCUGCACGGACAUCAAUGCGGGUGAUAUUUUGAAUCUAAUCAAACGGAAUUUUCUGAGGAAUCAUUCCUACGUCAGAUCUCGUUAUUAUAUCGAAGAAGUAAAUUUUUUAAAUCUGGGAUGGGCGAAGAAAUUGGAGGAGAGAUUACAGAGCGCAAAUAUCAUAUUGGCAGCGGAUGUCAUCUAUGAUGACAAGAUCACGGAUGGAUUUGUCCGCACAUUAUCGAAACUUCUAUACACGAAGGAGAAAAAGAUCAUUUACAUCGCACUGGAGAAGCGAUACGUCUUCACUAUCGCCGACUUGGACACUACUGCUCCAAUGUACGAGGAAUUUUUACGUUGCGUCGAAAAGUACAAAAUGAAUUGGUCUAUAGAUUAUAUUAAUAUUGAUUUCCCAUGCUAUUUCAAGUAUAAUAGAGUCAAACAUUUGGUUUUAAUGAAGAUACAAAACAAUAUAAGAUCUAUUGCAUAUGUGUAGCGAAUAGCUUACGUUCUUUAUAAGGUACGCGCGAGUAACACAGUAUAUUAUGCGAUAUAAUAUAUAUUACAUAAAAUAUUCACGUCAGUGUUACAAGUAGAAAGACAGAGUUUAAAGUUGCCAGAUUAAAAAAUUAAGAUUUUUUCGUAGAUGUACACUUAUAUCUAACAAAAUAUAUAGCAUCACAAUUAAUGUAAGUUGAGUAAAAAGUAAUUGUCUACUUAAAACAAAUCACUUCUCGGGUAUUGUUUCCGCCAACACAUGUGCAUAAAAUAAUUAAAUGGUAAAACUUUUGCGCGCUUUCUAAACAAGAUUUAGCUUAAAUUAGGAUAUUAUAUCUAGAAAUCCCUUCUCUUUAAUCCUUCGAUUAAAAACGGUAAUCUAAGGAUUAAUAGGAAGAAAAUACUCUGAUUGUUCGUGAAAAUGACAGCUAUGUGAUAUAGAUUUCUCACGUCCACAAUUUUAUUUCAUCGUUUAUUUUCUUAUUUACAACCUAUUAUAGAUAUAUUAUUGGACAGUGAAUUGGAAGUCGAUCGAAGAGAACGAUAAUUCCGUUAAGCUUAAAAAUGCCCCGGCAUUUGAUCGGCGGCGUAUGUUCUAGGAAUAAAAAAAUUUCAUUACACUACCUACAAUGUAAAGAAGACAGUAUGUAUAUAUAAAGGAAUGUAAGCGCUUCUUCGAACGACCGCGGCAGUAAAGGUUGUAAUAUGUUACACGCAAAAUUUAUAACAGUUCUAGUAUACUAGUUGAUACUAGAGAUCUGAAUCGCCAAGAGUGUGUUACACACGCGACAGAACGACAAUCGCCAGAGGGAUUAAUAGUCGAUUAAUAUAAUGUAAAUGAUUGAUUAAUCUCAUUAAUCCGAAGAGAUAAUAUAAUAAUUAAUUCGCGAAUUUCAAAACGAUAUCUUUCAAAUUGUCGACCGUCGUUCCAUGGAUUCAGAUCUACACUUGGUUUGGUAAAAAGGCACUUUCGCUCUACCGAUCCGUCUCUCUCGAUGUAGAAAAUGUAUAAUUUACAGCCUCACAAUUUGUUUGUUUUAAUAUACUUUUAUGUAUGUAUAUACAUGUAUACACGUAUAUAAAUACACGUUCGCAGAAAUAUCGGAAAUUGCA